AUGUUGCUCCAGCCAUUCCUGCACAUAUUCCGGUAUGCUCUGCAACCCGUCGCACCCUUCACCUGGUUCGGACUGGGCGUCACUUCUCUGGACGUCGUCGCCGCCCUUCGAUUGUGCGUCGCUCUCCGACAGGUCAAGGACCACCUACGGCUCGAACUCGCCCUGCGCCGUGCAAAAGGCGAGAAAGUCGACGAGCCAGAAGACAGGUCGUUUGCUAGGGAUGCCAUGACGACGCUCACCGUCGUCUACGGCGGCGAGGCUCUGGCAGCUCCCUAUCUCGGCGUCCCACCGUCCUUCAUGGUAUCAGGCGUCACGCCCGCGCUAUACGCCGCCAUCCAGGCCCUCGUCGAACACAUCCCCACCGUACCCUCCAUGUCCAUCCACACCGAGCUCCCGCUCUCGAUCGUCGACGGGUUCUCCCGCGCAUGGCUCUUGUGCGACCUCAUCCCGCCCGCCGUGACGCAGAGCGCCUCUCCGGCGAUCGCACACUCGCCCUGGACGCUCCUUCUCACUUCUCUCAUAGUCGCCAACGGAGGGUUCUUCAUCGCCAACCUCGUUUCGUUCCUCCACCCCACGCCUCUCCGCCUCACCACGCCCACCGAGCUCGGGCCGUAUGGGUGGACGGCGACGGAUCUGUGGUGCGCCCCGCUGAUCACGGGCCUCUACGCCCUCCUUACGCACGCGCAACCGUUCUGGGCCGACGCGCACGCCGUGAUAGCUGGCAUGCUCGGUGCGAGCGGGAAGGGCCUGCAAGCCGAGGCGUUGGAUGCCGAAUCGGUUCGUGCGGUCUGCGCCCUUGUGCUGGCCGGCAUGUUCCUCACUAGGACCGCGAAGAACUUUGGAUGCCAGUGGAAAUCGAGCGUCGGGGAGAAGAUCAAGAUCCAAUAGUGUUCUUGCGCCAAAGCUGGCUUCGUACAAAUUGACGGUUUAUGAAUUCAUUUCAACGCACACGAUUGAUCACGCUAUCUACGGUUUUCUUGUUUACUUGUUAUAGAAAUAGAGAUGUUAAGAAUGGAUGGAUCUUGACAUGCUUGACAGGCAGCCCAUCGACUUGUGGUGUAGACAAGAUCUUGAUCACGAAGCAUGCGUCUUUUUUGAAUAGAGCCCCAAGAAAGUUAGCGUCGUAUGAAUACACAGAGGGAAAGGUGGGAAAUUGAAGGUGGCGGGAACUACGGGUGUAUGGUAAGGGUAUUCAAAAGAUGCCAUGCUUCAGGAGAAGAGAUGACUAGGAGCGGUUAGUAAGACAGAGGGAUCGAUCAACCUACUAAGAGCAGUCACAGCAAAGUUACCCGUUGUGUGCGCCAAUCAGCCGCGUCUGAUUUCAGUGAUGCCAUUGCGUAAUUAAAGUAUAACAUGAUAUUCUUAUCUCUUGCCUGAACUUCUCUUGCAGCGUGUCGAUGAGGAUCCGUUCACCCCACAAGGUCAUCGGGGAGGGUGAACAAAAGAAGUGAUGUUCUUACCUCCAGCCUAAAGUUCUCUUCAGGUUGCAGCAUGUCGACGAGGUCGGGGAAGGUUAACAAAAGAAGUGAUGUUCUUACCUCCAGCCUAAAGUUCUCUUCAGGUUGCAGCAU